CCAGAAUAUACUAAUUUUGCAAAUCAAAAACCUUUUCUUUUUCUACACUACUCUUAAACUUACAAACUUACAAACUUACAAAUUGCAAUCCAUAAUUCAUUCUUAUGCAAAAAUAUGAAGAAAACUCUCAUUUUUUUAAGUCUUUCAUCACCUUUCUCUCUCCUCCACCAUCAUCAUCAUCAUCACCUAUGACUCUUUUUGUCUCCUCUUCUUUCUUACUAUUAAUAUUAUUUUCCAAAAUCCAAAUUUUGAAUUUUUCCUCACUCUUUAAUGGAGUUUCAAGCUGUGUUAGAUUUUUUCCGCAAUAAUAACUUUUCUGAAGCUGAAUUUGCAUUAAAACAAGAUCUUACUGAAAGAAAACAACUUUUUGGUUCUAAUGACUUCGAGAAGUUUCUUUCUCCGAUGAACCCAUCUCUUGCUCCGGUCAAACUUCCGGCCCAAUCUCACCGGUGGGCUAAUGGGCCUGUUUUGGGUUCUGGGUCGGGCCCAGAUUCUUCUGGGGAUGAUGAGUUUAAAAGUUUGGGCUCUUCUACUUCUGUCAGUGCUGUCUGUUCUUCAGACUUUACGAAUCCAUAUGGACAUCGUUCUACGACACAAGCAGAUUCAGACACUUCCUCUGAUAGAUUGUCUCAGUUUGGAACUGCAAGAGAAUACAAUGAUUUUGAUAUGCAAACUGACUUGUGGUAUGAUGACAAAGAUGAUGGACCAUAUAUGACUCCUAGCUUUGGUGGGGUAGACCCUUUUGGCUGUCCAAGUGAGGAUAAAUUUGUCAUGACUUCUGGGAUGGCAACUAAUCUAUCAAGAAAUCCGUUUUCAUUCAAUCGUUUAUUAGAAGAAUCAGAGGAAAAUGAUCAUCAUUUAGAGUUUCCCUCUCACUCUCAUAAGAUAGCCUCUGAUGUUGUUGUUAAUGGUCAAGUAAAGGACUGUUAUCAACUGGAUGAGAAGAAGGGCUAUCCAGCAGGGGUCGAGUUGGAUCUUGGACGUAUCGGUUCUCGUGAUUGUGAAGACUUUGAUUCCAACCUAAAAGAAGUGAUCUUGAGUGAGUUGGGCUUGAAAAUUGCUAAGCAGAGGCUUUCUGAUACUGAAAUUUUGAUAGAAGGAAACGAAAAGGAUAUGACUGAAGAAUUGGAUGGCUCUAGGAGUAUCUAUGAAACUGAUAAGCAGGAUUUGCUUCUUGUUAACAGUUGCAAAUACAACUUUGGAGCUAAUGAUGAAGAGGAACUGGUUAAAAUAACUGAAGAACCACGCAGUGCUAUCAAUGAGCAGGAAAGCACGAUACUAGACGAGAUUCCGUAUGGUGAGACCAACGAAGAUGAUUAUGAAGUAUUUAACCUAAGAAUCAUUCACCGGAAAAACAGAACAGGAUUUGAAGAGAGUAAAGAGUUUCCUAUUGUUCUACACACAGUCAUCGCCGGGCGGUAUUACAUUACGGAGUACCUGGGUUCUGCUGCUUUUAGCAAAGUUGUUCAGGCUCAUGAUACCCAGACCGGAGUUGACGUUUGCCUGAAAAUAAUAAAAAAUGACAAAGAUUUUUUUGAUCAAAGUUUGGAUGAAAUCAAACUUCUCAAGUAUGUCAAUAAGCAUGAUCCUGCAGAUGAGCACCAUAUUUUACGUCUCUAUGACUACUUUUACCAUCAGGAGCACCUUUUCAUAGUAUGUGAACUUCUUCGAGCCAAUUUAUAUGAAUUUCAGAAAUAUAAUCUGGAAUCUGGUGGGGAGCCCUAUUUCACGAUGAGUAGAUUACAGGUUAUAGCACGGCAAUGUUUGGAGGCAUUGGAUUACUUGCACAGUUUGGGGAUCAUUCACUGCGAUCUGAAACCCGAAAAUGUUUUGAUCAAGAGCUAUAGCAGAUGUGAAAUAAAGGUUAUCGAUCUUGGAAGCAGUUGUUUUGAGACGGACAACUUGUGUCUCUAUGUUCAGUCUCGAUCUUAUAGGGCUCCCGAAGUAAUUUUGGGGCUCUCUUAUGGUCCAAAAAUUGAUAUCUGGUCUCUUGGCUGUAUUAUGGCUGAGCUUUGCUCUAGUGAGGUACUUUUCCCGAAUGAUGGUGUUGUAAUGUUGCUGGCCCGCAUGAUUAGCUUGCUUGGUCCUAUUGAUCUGGAGAUGCUUUUGAGAGGACAAGAGACUCACAAAUACUUUACAAAGGAGUAUGACCUGUUCCAUAUUAACGAGGAUUCAAAUCAAAUGGAAUACAUAAUUCCAGAACAGUCCUCCUUGGAGCUUCAUCUUCCAGUUUCUGAUGCCGGUUUCAUGGACUUUCUAAGGUAUUUGCUUCAAAUAAACCCUCGAGGGCGCCCUACAGCAAGGCAAGCGCUUGAGCACCCUUGGCUUUCCUUACCAUAUACUAAUUAACAUCAGCAUCAUCACCUGCAACAACGGUUUGAUGUCCCAAUGUGUGAUUUCUUAGCAUUUUAUCAGUAAAGAAAAAUAAAAAAGAAAAAAAGAGUUUUUCUUUUUGAAGAGAAAGGCUGGGGGAUUUGCAUACUUGCAUCUGAAGCUGUUUGAUUUGGUUGAGUGCAACUUCUGUGCAAAAUACCUAUCGCGUAUCCAAACAUCUGUAAAUAUUACAGACACAGGAUGAUGUACAUACUACAUAGUGUAGUAGAGUUUUUAGUGUUUCUUUUUUCUUUUUUCGCGAUAGGUUUUUUUCGGCUGUUGUUCUUCUCCCUGUAGUCGAGCGACCGAGGAUUGGUUCCCUGAGUGCAGGCUAACAGAAAAAAUAUGUAGCAGCUUCAGUGUAUAAUGUACUGUAUGUUCAUAAUUUGCUGUUUUGCAGUGUUGAUGAAGUGCAUGAAUGGAAGUCUUUUACAUGUUAGAA